GCGACACGUAAACUAUAUGUUUGGCCUCGGCCAGACUUUAGUCGUGAAUUCAAUUAUGCACGGUUGCGACUAUACAAAAAUCUCUGGUCUGAAAAAUGGGCAGAGGAAAGUGGGACGAUAAAAGAGUUCCAUCAAGGCAAGUUCCCAUAUAUAUCCCUUACUCCUCUCAAACGUCAAAUACAGUUAACUUCCAUCAUUAGAUUAUCAAGAAGAUUAUGCAAAAGUCACAAUCAAGAUAUGAAUUCAGAAAAAAAAAAGAAAGUUUGAAAUUGCUGUACACAAAUUUAGCCGUCGAACUGUGUUCACGAAAGCAACCACGUAGCUCUUACCACAUAUUACAACACUACACAUUUUGUCGUUAAGCCCACAUAUCCCAAAAAAAAAAAAAACAUUAACCUAGGAUAAUUAGCAUUAUAUAUAAUAGUAAUAAAACCCAAAAGACUAGAUCCAGAAACAGAGAAACAUCAUGGAAGAAACAAGCUACUGCUCAGAACAUGAACUUCAAGAUGCUGCUAAUAACAACCUUUCCUCUCCUUCCACUGGCAGAUCAGCCCAAGAUUCUUUCCAAACUCCGAGGAAAAAGAAAAGUGACAACAGUAUUAAUGCUAAAAGGUUCAGCCAUGAACAAGUGAAGUCGCUGGAGUCCAUGUUUCAUAGAGGGGCGAAGCUGGAGCCCAAGAACAAGCUUCAACUUGCUAAAGAUCUGGGGUUGCAGCCCCGCCAAGUGUCCAUCUGGUUUCAGAACAAACGAGCUCGCUGGAAAUCAAAGAAAAUGGAGCAAGAGUAUGGAGUUCUCAAGGCUGAUUUUGAUUCUCUAAGCCAGCAAUACGAGUCCUUGAAGAAAGAACACGAUUCUCUGCUUCAACAGUUGGGCAGAUUGAAUAGUCUACUAGAAAACCCGGAUAGAAAGCAGAGUAGUAGUAGCAGAGACUGUAGUGAAAAUGCGGCUCCAGUAAUCACAGCAGAACUGAAUUCUGAAGGAGAAGAUCAGAGGCAUGAGGCGGAGGAGGAGGAGGCGAAAAUGGAGUCCAAUAUGAAUAACAGGGAGAAGGUUUAUGGCAUCAUUGAUGAAGACGAUGGAGGAUACUGGAACAGAGGAACAAGAGAGCAAUUAGAAGAUCAAGAGGGGGAAUGCAGCAUGAUGAGCUUGUCUGAUGAUCAAGAACAAGAUAGUGUUGGUUGGAAAGUUGGACGGAAGCAGUGGUGCAGUUUUGUCCCCGGUGGAAUCUUGGAUGAUCCUUCUUGUCCUUCUAGUUGGUGGGAUUUCUGAAACAAAAAUAAAUAACAAUCUUUUCUGUUUUCUUUUGUUUUUUGUUUUUUGUUUUUUUGUUUCUGGUUAGCAAAACAAUGGGGGUAUGAUUGCUCCAAUAAUGAGGAUGAUAAUUCGAGGAUGAAUGAUGUUUGGAACUUCUCAACUUUAAGAAAACAAAAUAAUCUAGAAGGUAGUCGAGUUCGUGUAAUAUGUCUGCGGGACUAGGUAUAUUGAGUUGGAGUGGAGGAUUUCGUGUCUAGAUGUUAAUAGUUGCUUAGCGAAUCUAACAUAAUUUUAGGUGUACUGAUGAUUUCCAUGUGUGCGUUUGUGUUAAUUGCUAGUAAUAAACAAUAUCCAUGCUUACCACUUCACAUCCAAUUACAAUUUAGCGUUACAAACGACACUAUCCUCUAUGUGGUAAAAUGUUUGUAUAAGAAGUUGCUCCAG